AUGGCCUCUCUCAGUACUGAUCCCUCCUCUGUCUCCACCCAGGGCCCGCAGCCACCCUCUACUUCUCCCCUUCACCCCCAACACGAUAGCCUCCCAACUGAAGCCGACAAGAUCAGAGAAUCACACUAUUCUCAAGCUGCUGCUCCACAAUUUGUGCCUCAGAUCGAUCACGAGGAACUGCGUCAAGACGUACAGCUGGCCUACAACGCCAUCCUAGUCGGCAAAUCCAUCACUCCAAGCCCACCUCCCACUCGAACUCUCAAGACGUCUAGCAAGCACCGCAAAAGGGCAGGCCCAUUCAUACCUGGAGUAUUGAGAGGUGGAAGGGCUCACCUCCUCGCUGGCAACACCGCUGCAUCCCUUCGCCCCAAUAGCCUUGCUGUCCCACAUCCCCUCGACGUGCCCCGGUGGUCACCAACACGAGCAGAUCUGACCGUCAAGAACUCAUCCGCCUCACCCGCGCCCGAAGACAUCCCAGGAAUCAGUAUCGCACAUUCAGCUGAGCAGGCUCAGCUCUCUGCUUACGCCAGCUCGGCAGCCUCUUUGGACCCAGCACCUGGCAUGACACGCAGCGCCUCGUUCCCACGAUCGGCACCUGUACCCGACCCCCAUCGAGGUGCUGCUCUCAUCGAUUCUCGGUGGGUGCCAAUGCAGCGUAGCACAAGCAUGCCAGUUGACUACAACAGCCACACGAGGAGGUCGAGCUUCUACCGCGGCUACAGCGUUGGAGCGCACGUCCGCAACUCGGUCUAUGCCAGUCACAACUCUUUGCGAGGCCCACCUUUGGAGCCUGUGCCUCGCCACCUCUCUGCAACGCUUGCACACGCUAGCGCGAGCUUGUACAGUAAUGUGCCCCCUUCUUCUGCGCCUAUCAGGAGCACUGAUCCAUCCGGCACCCCUCAACCAGCACUCUUGCACCCUUUCGUUCGACGAUGGGGUGGCAGCGAGGUCCCACUGCAUGCAAUUGCCAACAACAUCGAUAGUAUCUUGAAGCAGCGACAUGACCGAUCGCAGGAGGUACGCAAGACAAACACCCAAAGCCUGGCCAAGAUACGAGACAAAAGUGCCCCAACACUCGCUAUGGACGCUCGACCUGGCAAGUCUGGCCGCAAAGUUGUGCCUCUACACAACACUGACGAUAUUGAUGUCGACGAAUACUCGGUAGAUGCAAAGGCUAGCUCAAUGAAUCGCUCCCUCAAGGUGUCAACUCGAGUCAACACUAAGGGUCAUCACGCUGGCAAGGCAAGGAACGACAUCGAAUCUGACGAGUCGGAGAAUAUGGCACCAACCAUCACGAUGACUCGCUCAGGUCGACACUCUCGCAGUGUGACCCUCAAAGACCGUAUGCCAUCCCUUGUCAUAGCGCCUGGCAUCUCUCACAAUUCGGACUCAAGUGAAACAGAGAGCGCUACGAUUGCAGCCUACCAGAAGCCUCGAAAGAGAGUGAAGUUACUUCAUCGCUCCGGUCAAGAACGCGCCGCCCUGAGCCAGCGAGCACUCAAUCAUAGCGAAUGGCAGCUGCCCCAGGCCAACAUGAGAGCCCCUGUCCCAGCGAUAAUUUCAACGUCAUCAGUCGCAGGGUCCUCCAGCAAGAACGAUCUCUUCCCCAGACGGAUCUUCGGAAAGGGGCGAGACAACUCUCGACCACCCCCUAGGCGCGAUGGCGAGCCCGAGUGCAUGAAGCAUCGUUACCAGCCCGCCCGCUUCGCUGGAGACUUGUACACCCCUGCUAUCGUCCGAGCCGGCAAAUCGGCAGGAAGAGGCAGCGCUGCUGGCAGUGCUGGAAGCAAGGAAGGCUGGUGUGGUCUCUGUCUACCAUCUGCAUCGACAGAUUUCGACCACACUGGUGGCGGAGACAGGAAGAAGGCUGAGAUCGGCGGUUGGCUCAACUUGAGAAAUUCCAGCUAUCGCUACCACCUCAUCCGACAGCACGGCAUCUCCCCCAAGACCUUCAUGCCCUUCGUAGAGCCAGUCGAGACGCUUAGACGAAAUCCUCUGACAGAGACUCGCGUCGGCGAAGGCACCGAGCUCAAAGGCCAGUGUGGAACCUGCGGCAAAUGGAUCAUCUUCGGUCUUAAGGAGGCCACUAACUACUACGUACACGCCGCCAAGUGCCAUCGCGAAGUCGCUCCCGCUGACGAGGAAGGAGACGAGGAGGAGAACCAGGCUACGAUGCAGGAUACAACUCGAGCCCAGCCUCAAUUCGAUAGUCAAGCUCAGGCAGGAUCUUCCAAGCAGGCCGCUACUUCCUCCUCUUCCUCUGCUGAAGCGGCAGCAGGACGAGGUCGCGCCAGCACUGCUGGCGCUCAGGGCUUGACGUCGAGCGAUGACAGCGGAUAA